AGGAAGACAGCAUAACUCAUUCAAUUUGUGGCUGUACGUUGAAUCCUCGAGAGAGAGAGAGACACACACACACAAAAAGGGUUUUAAAUCUUUUAUACAAUGUCAAAAAAAGCAUCGGCCAUAUUGUUUGAUUUAGAAUCACAGGAACGUGGUGGUUCUCCUUCAUUUAUAUCACAAACACUCUCCAAGGAUCCACAGCCAACCUCCGACGGAGACGGUGGGCGGAUUCCGUUAGAAGAGUGGCUGCCGAUCACAGAAUCAAGAAAAGGGAAUGUUUAUACGGCGACGUUUCAUAUUUUCUGCUCGGGACUUGGUCUCCAAGUGCUUCUUCUUCCUGCAGCUUUAGCAUCACUAGGAUGGGUAUGGGGAGUGAUAAUUUUAACGGUGGGGUUUGCAUGGAAGCUUUACACCGUUUGGCUUCUUGUUCAUCUCCACGAAGCUGUACACGGAAUACGUUUCAGCAGAUACUUGAGACUCGCAAUUGCUUCAUUCGGUGUGAAGCUUGGGAAACUUCUUGGAAUAUUCCCUGUGAUGUAUCUCUCAGGAGGAGCUUGUUCGAUUCUGGUUAUAACCGGUGGGAAAACAAUAAAACAACUUCUACACAUUAUAUACGAAGAUGACGAAGUACCACUUACUACCUUGCAAUGCUUCGUGAUCUUCAGCUGCCUCGCAGUGGUCAUGUGUCAGUUUCCAAAUCUAAAUUCUCUUUUUGGGAUCUCGUUGAUCGGUGGUGUUAUGGCCAUAGCAUACUCCACCGCAAUCUGGAGUUUACCGCUAGCUAGUAUUUCGCAAAGAGAUCAAAACAAUGUCUCUUACGCUACAAAGGAUACAAGUUUCGAUACCAUUUUCAACGCCAUUGGAUUGAUAGCUAUUUCAUUUCGCGGGAACAACCUCAUCCUCGAGAUACAGGGUACUCUUCCUUCCGAUUCAAAGAAUCCCUCAAGGAAGACAAUGUGGAAAGCUGUGGUGAUCUCUCAUGUGUUCAUCGCCGUUUGUAUGUUUCUAGUAGCCAUUGUUGUAUAUUGGGCAUAUGGUGACAAGGUACGUAGAAAUUCAACACUAAUAUACUUUAUAUUAUUGCUCUCUAUGUGUUUGAACUCUAAUAUUAAUUCUUAUAUAUUCAACACUCCGGAGGUUUAAAAUUCGAUUUUCCCACUUAAAAAGUGAUGAAUGUAGAAGAUAUGCCAGCUCACUCGACGUUCGUUCGUUGUAAAAAAAGUCAAAUUCUGUUAGUUAAAUUGGGCUCAGGGAUAUCACUGUGGGCCGCAUUCUUAUUAGUUAAAUUGGGCUAAGGUUCGAUGGUAUUGGGUUUGGAGUUCUAAGUGUUAGUUUGGCAAAGCUAUGGCCUAUGGGUUUGGGUUUGUAACGGAGAAUGAGAAUAGACCACAAGCUAAACAGAGACUGACAUUUGAGACACAAGCUAAAUAGUGUCUCAGCGUUGAGACCAAAGACCAUUUGGCACAAGCCUUUGGUCCGGACAUGAAGCAAAACAGAGACUGAAACAGAGCAAUUGAUACAGCAUCUGCCUCUGCAAACACAUCUGUUUAGUUUACUACCAUUAUAUAAUACGCAAAAAUGUUACAUACUAUAUGGCAUCAUUAGAUCAUAUACAAAGCUUAAGUUAAUAUUAUUUGGUCAAAUUUGUAGCAUGGAGACGAAACGGUCG